AUGCGCGCCAAGCGAGCCUCUGCGAUGCGGUUCCUACUAUGUUCCUCAGUUGUCCUUACAGCGUCUGCAGCUGUGAUCCGUACGCCUCUGCAACGGCGCCUAGAGGAAUGCCAGCUAGACAUCCAAGAUGGAAUGGCCGACGAUCCCGACAGAGUCAAUACGGACGGGACGGCCGGGAUUGGUGCCGAGUUUGAGAGUCCGGACUUCCGCCUUACAAAGUCGGGAUGUAGCGCAGACGAUACAAACGCCGCAAAGAGAAAGGUCAUUGCCGAACGAACAGGCACGAACUGGGAGCUCACUGCAGACUCUGUCAACGAACCUGGAGCACUCCAGGCUGAGUACAUCAUUGAUGGUGUCAAGGUCAAAGUAGGCAGCACAGAUGAUGCGACCAACGGCGCGAAGGUCGCGGCAGCUAUGGCCCAGGAUCUCAUUGACUGGUACCCAUGGAACGGAAAACUGGACGCAGAUUCACGAAAGGUCAACGUAGCCGAAAACAAAUGCAAUAAGUGGACGAUCAUCACCCGCCAAGAUAGGAAACCAGAGAAGAUAUCUUACCAGCCCCAAAUCACCACGCCGAUGCCAUUAGAGGCACUGUACAGCCUGAUGAAGGAACAAUUCGAUGAGAGCGAUCCAAAUAUCCUCAAUGGGCUCGAUCGUUUUCAAAACAAGAAGCUUGAUUUCGUAACGAAGAAUCACUUCCAGUCCAGCCCAGGCGGCAUCGGUCCGGAAGCGGCCACGGAUGACGUGCUGGCCUUUUGCACCCUGGUCUUAUCGUACGCCAAAAACGCAAAGGAUCCUCUCCAACCGGGUUCAAGUCCCAAGAUCUUCACAUCGUUCACGCCUCGAACGAAUUUUAACGUGAUGCUGUCGCAUGUCAGCUCUAAGUUGGCAUCAAAGGGGGACAAACUUUGGGAUUUGUUCAACAUCCUUGCGUGCUACCAGAGUGGCGGAACCGAAAUUGAUACAGACGUAUGUGGAGGUACCCCCGAAAGUCCCGAGCCUACCGACAACAAAUUUGGCGAUUACACUUUUGCUCAAGGCGAUACCAAAUGCAACAUCCGUGACUGGAUCCAUGGUCUAGACCCAGAAUCGGAUGAAAACGAUAAGCUCACCGAGUUCGACAAGGAAAUCGACGGGUCCAUUGGAAGACUAGGCAAAACCCAAGAAAAGAUGUUCAAUUCUGAGCGCUCUGUGCCUCUCUUCGAAUUCCGCGAUCUCAAUACCCUCCAGACUGAAGGAAUGGAGAAAUUCAUGGGCGAUGUAGACCAGGCCAUCCAAGACCUCCACAAUAAGUUUCGAGAAUCACCUACAAAGAAGGCCAGGCGUGGCGUCUGCGAUGAUUUCGAGCCGGAGCCGGAGCCAGAGCCGACUGGCCCAACCAAGCAGCUCGCAGUGCUCGGUGCCUAUGUUCCAGGCGCCCCCACGAUGGACUGGCUCUUCCUCGAAGCCGACUAUGAGCAGGGCGUCGAGUGCCGCGAAGACUUCCUCCGGCCCUUUGAGACUGUACCGUGGGAUGAGUCUGGCACAACGUACCCUGGCGGCACCAAGGAGCUCGAUCUCGAGAUUGACGGAGAGGUGUGCGAGUACCGCAACGACGGCGACGACCCGGGAGCGCUCUGGUGUGGCGAGAGGGUCAUUGGCUGCGUGAACGAUCCGGCCGACAAGGAUCCCAACGAUGUGAAUGCGGAGAAGGGCGAGUACCAGUGCGGCGAUUACACGCGACAGCCUGUAUUCGUCUGCCCUUGGUAG